GCGCCGGGCGCCCCCCUGCCGCCCCAUGCUGUGCUCCAUGGCGAACUCGGGCUGCCUCCUGCUGUCCGGUUCCGGCAGCAUGCUCCCGCACUCCAUGCCUUGCCCACCCACCUUCCUCUACCUCCAACAGGGCAGUCAGGACGCCACGGCUCCGCCCGAAGCGAUGGCCCAGCCCUACCCCCCCGCCCAGUACCCCCCGCCACCGCAGAACGGCAUCCCCGCCGAGUACGCCCCGCCCCCGCCGCACCCCACGCAGGACUACUCGGGCCAGACCCCCGUUCCCCCGGAGCACGGCAUGACCCUAUACACACCAGCACAGACCCACCCCGAGCAGCCGGGCGCCGAGGCCAGCACACAGCCCAUCGCGGCGGCCCAGACAGUGCCGCAGACAGACGAGGCGGCACAGACGGACAGCCAGCCACUCCACCCCUCCGACCCCACAGAGAAGCAGCAACCCAAGCGGCUUCACGUCUCCAACAUCCCCUUCCGGUUCAGGGACCCCGACCUGCGGCAAAUGUUCGGGCAAUUUGGAAAAAUUUUAGACGUGGAGAUCAUUUUUAACGAGCGGGGCUCCAAGGGUUUUGGGUUUGUAACUUUUGAAACUGGCUCAGAUGCUGACCGAGCCCGGGAGGAGCUGAAUGGGACGAUCGUAGAGGGACGGAAAAUUGAGGUCAAUAACGCCACGGCCCGAGUCAUGACCAACAAGAAGACUUCAAACCCCUACACCAACGGCUGGAAGCUCAACCCCGUGGUAGGCGCAGUCUACGGGCCUGAAUUCUAUGCAGUGACGGGGUUCCCCUACCCCACCACAGGCACAGCCGUUGCCUACAGGGGCGCACACCUACGGGGCCGGGGCCGGGCCGUGUACAAUACGUUUCGGGCUGCGCCGCCUCCGCCCCCCAUCCCUACGUACGGAGCGGCACUGGAGCAAACGCUUGCUAAAAUGCCAGUCCCGUGGGCAGGGCUGGCACCCUGCCCCCUCCCUCCUCAGCAGACACCGGAGCCGGCCUACCCCACCUCUCCAGCGUUCCCACCACUUUCUUGUCCGUUUGCUUCCAGGGUCGUGUAUCAGGAUGGCUUUUAUGGUGCUGAGAUUUACGGAGGCUACGCAGCCUACAGAUACGCUCAACCUGCGGCGGCGGCGGCGGCGGCCUACAGCGACAGCUACGGCCGCGUCUACGCGGCUGCCGACCCCUACCACCACACCCUCGGCCCCGCGGCGACCUACAGCAUCGGAACCAUGUGAGAGCUUCCGCCGUCUCCUUCUCGGACCACGAAGGGCAAAAACAAAAAAACAAACAAAAAAAUCACAAAACAAAAAACCACACAAAAAAAGAUGUUAAGAUCCAAGCAACACAAAAACCAACCAAACCAAGAUGCAUCCACCACGUCCAGGUCUCACGCGCCGGGGAACCGCAGCGAGGAGCACGCCCACCAGGCCCAGGAGCGCCGCCGCGCCCCUCCCCACGCGGGCAGGGGCCGCGCUGGGGGGCCUCCGUUUUCUAUUCAGUCUUCCUUUCCUGGCCCCCGCUCCCAAGGCAGUGUGGGGCCCGCGGAGGAGGGGCCGCAGGCCUCGCGGGGAAGAGCGGGCCAGCAGGACUUGACCUUUGUUGCCAACUGUGCCAGUGGAGGGGACAGCCGGGCCGGGCGGGCACGGGGAGGGGGGCCGCUUUCCAUUCCCGGGGCUCUGGCUUCAGCCCGUGCCCGCCACCCUGUGUCGUGCGCUCUGCGCCCCGCUCCCCCCAUGCCACGCCACCCACGCCCGUGCCCUGCGCACCGGGGGAAGGCGUUCACGGGCCACUGAGACUGCCCAGCCAGCAGCCCCGGGGUCCGACCCCCACACCAAGGGCUGAUGUGGUUCCAGAACUACGGGGCACCCGGGCACCCCUCCCUCCACGCGAGGGGGCCCCCGGGCUACCCAGCCAGGACUGACUCCUGUACCUGAGAACGCGAGGCGGCGAAGGACUCGAGGCCAAGGACUUGCUCUCUGACUGGCUGGUUUUGGUUCCCUUUCUGGAGGACGCCCUGAGCCUGGUCUGUGGGAGGGACAGCUGACCUCAGGGUGCCUGCCGGGACGAGCCCUCCCCGCCACUGCCCUGCAGAGAGCCCGGGCCUGCCGGGGAGCCGGGGACAGGCCAGCGCCGGGCUGCACUGCAGGCUUGGGAGUCACAGAGCUGUGGGUCCGGAGGGGCGGCCUAGGGGAGGGGCAGCAGCCGGCAGGUAACAGGGAAAAGCCCCUGGCCAGGCAGGCAGCUGGAGUCGGGACAGCAGCAAAAAAUAUUUAAAAAAAACCAACCCAGGCUCCCAACAUGGCUCCACUACUGUCUCAUGAAACUUAAAAAGUAAAGGACGACACCUCACUUUAUAUUCUGCAUCAGCUCCUGAAGCGAGUCUCCUUUUCUAUUCCCCGUGUACAGAGCCCCGCCCCCGCCCGUCCGAGCCCCCGCGCCGCCCCUUCUCUAGCCG